UUUGGUGCAGUCAGUACUGCAUGAACCAACGAGCUAAGAAGUAUUCUGAAGUUGAAGGAAACAUAAAGCACAAUAAUUUUAUGAGUUCAAAAGUGUGUGUUGCACUUCCGAGAAUGUCAAGGUUUCUAACAGUAUUACUCCUGAGUGCCACACUGAGUGUAUGUUGGAGAAGUGUGGUUGCUAAAACGUCGUGCAGCGAAGAGAAUGAUGAGUGGCGGUGUACAUCUGGAGAGUGUAUUCCGAAGGCAUAUAUGUGCAAUGGCACCAAACAAUGUCGUGAUGGUUCUGAUGAGACGGAAAAACUAUGCAAAGAUAUGGAAUGUUCAGAUGCUUCAUUCCGUUGCAGUUAUGGUGCAUGCAUAUCACUCAAAUUAGUUUGUGAUGGUGUUGUCGAUUGUGUCGAUAAAUCUGAUGAGGACUCUGGGUCGUGUCUCAAACGACGCAAUGAUUUGCCAGAUGAUGGCAUUGAUGACGAAACAAGGCGGAAAAAUUGUGCAGAUUGGGGACAAAUGAAAUGCUGGUCAGGUCAGUGUGUUAGAAUCAGUGAUAAAUGUAAUGGCAUAAGGGAUUGUGCCGACGGCAGUGAUGAGCGGUCUUCCUUGUGUAAGACAAUGUUGUGUAAUAAACAACAGUUCCAAUGCGGUUACGGCGCUUGCAUACCCAAACAAGCUAAAUGUAAUGGAACGCAGGAAUGCUGGGAUGGUACGGAUGAGCUGGAGAAGCUUUGCAAAAAAAAAGUGAAUUCAACAUUAACACCAACAACAAAAUUAAAUUUGUCGAUAGUUACUGAAAGUAUUGUAAAUCCAUCGAUUAUAGUAUACGAUUUCAAAGCUUCCGAAAAUCUUAAAAAUACAACGACUCAAACAACUACAAAUCAUGUUCAAAUAGAAAAUAAAGAAUUUAAAACCACAAAUAAUAUCGAAAAGCCUUUGUAUAAGGGAAAUGAAACUAAAAGCACGCCAAAAACCUCAUCUCGACAUCCAAUAGCAACGACUUCAGCAGAAAACUUUGGUAUGGAUCUCAACGAAAUAGCUUCUACAAAUCUCAUGAAACCGACCACUGAAGCAAAUAAAAUAAAGAAGUAUGCAGAAGAUGAUUUGCAAAUAACAACGCCCAAAAUUAAAGUAACAACGAAACUUCCAACGCUCAUAACAAAUGGAUCAUUUAAAAUUGAUAUAUCACGUUAUCCAUCAUCAAAGCAAGCUCCCAAUUUUGAAACAAAUUUAAAUUCAAGUAUUGAUAAUUCCCUUGUGUCAAAUUCAAGUGAUCAGAUACCUCUAAUUUCACGACCAUCGACUGAAAUUGUGCCCCCUAUAGUAAAGCAUCCUGGAAGUUUAACCGGAAUUUCGGAAUUGGAAAUAAACACGUCAAAAGUAGAGACAACUGCAAGACCACAAACGGUUGGAACCAUUACUCCAGACACAAUAAUAUUACCACCGACUACAAUACCAACAAAACACCAACAACCUACCCCGAAUCAGUACAACACCACAAAGCCAACAACAAUAUUUCCACCGACUACAAUAACAACAAAACGCCAACAACCUACCCCAAAUCAGUACAACACCACAAAGCCAACAACAACAUUUCCACCGACUACAACAACAACAAAACGCCAACAACCUACCCCAAAUCAGUAUAACAACACAAAGUCAACAACAAUAUUUCCACCGACUACAACAACAACAAAGCGCCAACAACCUACGCCAAAUCAGUACAACAACACAAAGUCAACAACAAUAUUUCCACCGGCUACAACAACAACAAAACGCCAACAACCAACCUCGAAUCAGUACAACACCACUAAGCCAAGAACAACAUUUCCAUCGACUACAACAACAACAGAGCGCCAACAACCUACGCCGAAUCGGUACAAUAACACAAAGCCAACAACAAUAUUUCCACCGUCUACAAUAACAACAAUACCCCAACAAUUUACCCCGAAUCAAUACAACACCACAAAGCCAACAACAACAUUACCACCGACUACAAUAACAACUAAACGUCAACAAACAGUCUUCUCAACCAACAAACCCAUCAAAGAGUGUGUUUUACGCAAUUGUGAUCAUCCACUCUUUUGUAAGAUUUCAUUUCCAGGACCCCGCAACUCUGAAAUUACAAUUGUUAAUAAGGGACGAUUAUCUCUUAUAGUGGGAUCACAAGUGAUUUUCAAUUGUGCCGAAGGUUAUGAUUUAGAAGGUGCAAAUCGUUUAACAUGCACACCGACAGGUUGGAGUCAUAGCAGUCCAAGUUGCAUUUCCUACUGUGACGCAGACUUCAUAUAUAACUGCAGACCACCACUCAAAUGUUUAUUUGAACAGUCCAAUAGUAGAUCAAAAAUCUUCAUAACAAAAGAGUUUAAACAAAGAGUUAGAGAACAUUCCCACAUUAGUUUUGCCUGCGAUAAGGGUUAUCUGCAUGAAGGUCCGACCAUGAGGAAAUGUACAGCGAGAGGGUGGUCAAAUGAGAUACCUAGAUGUAUUAAUUAUUGCGAUAUAUCCGAAUUGGAACCUCUCAAUUCACCACUCAAAUGCAAAGUGUUCGAUUCAAAUAUACAAAGAUUGAAAGACUAUCAAUAUUCCGUAUGGAACAAGAAGAUCAAAGAACGUUCUUACUUUGAAUUUACCUGCGAAGAUGGAUAUAAACUGGAUGGCGAGAAUCGUUCAACCUGUAUGAAUAAUGGCUGGAGUAGUGCUGCACCUACUUGCAUUCGCUCGUGUGAUCUAAGUCUGGUUAGUCCGUGCACAGCGCCGUUACUCUGUCAUCACAAUCACAAAAGAUCUUUCAUUAACUUAAGAAACUGGGCUGACGUGGUGCUUCCAGGGGUACAUGUAGACUAUAGGUGUGAAGAUGGUUAUGAACUGGAUGGGACAAAGGUCAUAACAUGUACGAACGAUGGAUGGAGUAAUAGGAUUCCUACUUGCAAGGAAACUGUUUGUGAUGCUAGUAUAUUGGCCGACUGCACUUAUCCGUUAAAGUGUGAGAUAUAUGAUCGAACGAUACGAAAGUAUAAUAGGAUCAAUAGAGGAGUCAUCCAGGAAUUAUCAAAUGACGAAAAUUUAUAUAUAAAUUGUGAAGAUGGCUUCACUCUGCAAGGCUCACAAUAUUUACAUUGCAGAGGAGGAAAAUGGGAUGGCAUUAUGCCUAAAUGCAUUGUCCCCACAUGUAACGUCAAUUUGUUACCGAAAUGUGGAAAUCCUCUGAUUUGCACCGCUUACCAUGAUAGUUUGGGAUCUGGGCAACAGAUAACGAAUAACUAUUGGAACAGACGUGAAACUUAUCCCCAAGACACUGUGGUGGUUCUUGAUUGUCCAUAUGGUUAUACGUUAAAAGGGUCCAAAGAAAUAACCUGUGAUUUGUACAGUUGGAAAUAUGAACACGGAACAUAUAGCUCAGAAUGCCAGAAAAACUCUAAGACUUGUGAGCAGGAGAUAGUAGAUAACUGCAUUUAUCCAAUGAUUUGUGAGAGAUUCGAGUCAGAGUUCAAUGAUUUUGUAACAAUAAAAUUUAGUUGUGAAAAUGGUUAUAUGUUGGAUGGCGGAAACUCUUUAACUUGCACGGAUGACAAAUGGGAUCAUAAUAUGCCCAAAUGUAUAACAGCACAUUCCUGCAGUGGUCAUCUUAUACCCAGCUGCAAAUACCCUCUAAAUUGCACGCUUUUCGACUCAAAGUCCAAAUCCGAGCGGAUUAUAACUGAUAUUACUAAGUCCACAAAUUAUGCUCUAAAUACGCAGAUUAUUUUCGGAUGUGCUAACGGUUACAAAUUAACAGGUGAAGAGCAAACCAUUUGUAGUUCGAAUGGUUGGAGUCAUGAGCAAAGUCUGAAACUACCGCAAUGCACCUCCCCGUGUGAUGCUGAUAUAUUUGGAAACUGUGAAGAGCCCCUUAAUUGUUUUUGUUUACCACCGAAACAUAACAAAUGGUUUCAAGUAACCAGCGCCUACUUGAUACAUGAAGUUCGUGAAAAUUACCUUGUAGACUUCAGAUGUAACGAAGGUUUCAGACUUGAAGGACCCAGACGUAUGAAAUGUACAUCGAGGGGAUGGGAUCAACCUGUACCAAAAUGCGUUCCUUAUCCUCAAUAUUGAUGUAAAAAAUAUAUAUACAUAUGUAUGCAUGUAUCCUUUGCAUAUGUUUUUGUGUUUAUACUAAUUGGACAUCUUUCUUUGUACCUCGGAUAUGAAAUACCGCUAUAUAUUAUGUUUGCUACGAAAAUUGUAUGAUUGAUGAUAAAAAUAAAACAAAAAUGGUGCGUAGAAAUACCACCAACAGAA